CCAUAGAACUUCUUCUUGUUCUUCUUUUGCUGCGGGAUGGGCACUAUUUGUCUCUUACUCGGAGGGAAUGUUGAACUCAGGGCCUGGACUUAUCUCUCCUUGAGGAACUGCGAGGAUUUUGGAAAUUUCAUUUUGGUUCCUCUUGUUUUUAUGCUUCGCGUAUAACAAGAGAGCUUCAUGCAAAAUUUAUCGUGCUCUCUGUCGUCCACAGAUUUAUGGAAAGUCUUCAUUUAUUGCUGAGGUGUGGGCAUUAGGUGUUUGGAGUGCCAGUGUUUUGAGCAUUAUGGCCACUGGAUUGACUGCUAAAAUUCGAUUGGUUAAGUGUCCUAGAUGUCAUCGGCUUCUUCCGGAGUUGCCUGAUAUUCCUGUUUACAAAUGUGGUGGAUGUGAUGCAAUUCUCGUAGCUAAAAGUCGAAGAGAGAGUUCUCACGACACGGAGUUGGGCUCACAAAACAGGGAUUCUGCCCAGAGGCGUGAAGUUGGCCCCCUUUCUGUGGAGAGGCAGCCUAGCAUUUCAAACCACGAAGCAAUUAUUCCACCCCAUGACGAGUCUACUUCGGGAUUAAACAAUGAUAGAGAUGCAAAUGAAUCUGGAGAAAGGAGCAAUGAGGAGCUUGUUCAUUCAUCUUUGAGCGUGCAAAGGAAUGCUAGAAAUGAUGAUGGAUCUCAUCACGAGAAUGGCGAACUCUCUGAUGGAGAUCUCUUAAAAGUAGAGGUAGCUAGCAUUUCUUCAUCGAGUCCUGAAGCAAUUAUUUCAUCCUCUGGCGAGUAUGUCGUAGAUCCUGAUGUUGAGGAGGUCCAAGACAAAUCUGGAGAUAGUUGCCGCGAGCAACUUGUUCAUAAGAAGUUGGAUGAACGCCAAAGCUAUGCUGGAAACAACAAUGAAUCUCGUGCUGGUAAUGGCAAGCCAUCAGGAUUUUCAAAUCAAGUUUAUUAUGAAGAAGAGUGCACUUAUCAUGAGAAUAGUAUUUCAAGUCAUGAAGCAACUAUCCCAUCCUCAGGUAAGUGUUUUAUUGACCCGAAUGAUGCGAAGGAUCGGAAAGAAUCUGCGGGUGAGCAGCUUGCUCAUAUUAAGUCAAGUGAAUGCCUAAAGAAUGCUAGAAGCAAUGGUGAAUCUCAGGCUUGCCACGACGAGCAGCUGAGCUGCUCAAAUCAAUCCUAUUCUAGAAUUGAAUUUGCUUCUCAUGGGAAUGAUGAACUCUCAGGACCAGAUCCUACAAAAGCAAUGGAAACUAGCACUUCAAGUCAUGAAGUAAUAACCGUUCCAUUCUCGGGCGAGUCUGUUUUGGAUCAAAAUGAUGACAAAGAUCAAAAGGAAGAAGAAGACAACCACAGCGAGCAACUUGUUCAGGUAUCUUUGAAUGAAGGUGUUAAUCGUGAAAAUGACAAGCUCUCGAGUCGAGACCCUUCAGAAGAUGAAAGGCUUGAUGAGAUCUUACUGUCAGGAGAAGGAAGUCCAGAAGCUGAUGAUAGGAAGGAGAUUCAUUCUAAUUUAGAAACCUCAGGUAUUUCGAUUGCUGUAGCUACGAGUUCGAUUAUUUAUCCCGAUACAAAAGUAGGGACAAGUAUUUCAUCUAAGAAUCUUUCUCCUCUUGCUGAACGAGCAGAGGCACCUGAGGAAACUAUUAGCCAUGAUUUUGAUCAUCACAUUCCUGUAGAAAAUUUUGGAUGUAUGGAAGUGAAUCGAUGCUCUGAACCUAGUGGUGCCCUUCCUGGUAUGGUCAAAUCUUUAACAACCAAAAGUUACUUUGCAUAUGAUGGAAUGGAUGAUCGGUUCUCGGACCGUCAUCGACGUUCAUUAAAGAACACUCAUGAAGCUGUGAACUUUCUUUCCACUGUAGAAGGUCCAAGAAGGCAAGAGUCGUUGAUGAAAAAUAACGCAGUGGUGAGAGAUUCUGACAUUCCAAUUGAAGCAGGGAGUUCCCAGGAAAUUUUGCCUCACGAAAAGCAUUACGACAUAGCAUACCUUGAAAGGAAUCAAAACGAUAUGUUGCAACAUAGAAGACAUGGUAUUUCAAUGCAAAGUAGAAGCAGGUUAAGACGAGAGAAAUACCAAAGUAAGUCGUCGUUACUCAGAAGCAACCUCGAAGGUGACCGUGAAAAUGGCAGUGCUUCGAAUUCCACGAUCAACGGGCCUCAUGAUUCAAGAAUGCAUUCAUCAGAAAAUUUUGUAGACCCUGAUGAGGAAAAGGUUAGAUUGUUGAGAAUGGUUUAUGAACUGCAGGAUCAGCUAGAGAAAAGCUGCAAUCUAAAUACGAACACCGGUGGACGGGUAUCCACGGGAUCCGUGCAGAAGGAUACAUGGGCGCCAAUGUACAACAACCAGCAGAUUUCUCAGGAGGAAAGCUGGCAUGAAUCAGAACAUCCUUAUUACUUCCGAAGAAGUGGACCUCAAACUAAUUAUCCCGGACAACAUUCUUUGUCACGGAUGACUUCUGCUGCAAAGGCUGUCAGUGGUCCUCAAAAUAAUUGCUUCAGCAUGGAACAGUUCCCUGACAACAUCCCUCCCUUGAUGCAGCGGCGUUCAUCUGAAGUCUGGCAUAAUCGAGGGGCCCGUAUGGCGCAUAUGGAUCACGACUAUUAUAGUCAAUACAACUCAUGUGCAUCUAGUCCCCAACAUUUUCAUUGCACGCAGUUGCCUGCAAGGGGCAUUCAAAUGCAGUCUGAUCAGUCGAGUCAUGGAAAUCUUGAGAUGAACUAUUUGAGAGAGAAAAGACAUUUGGCCAAGCAUCAUCUACGGCCUAUGGCUGGAGGCGCCCCUUUUAUAACUUGUUACCACUGCUUGAAGUUACUGCAGAUUCCUGCAGAAUUUCUCUUGGUGAAAAGGCCAUGUAAUCGGCUCAAGUGUGGUCAUUGCUCGAAGGUUCUCGAGUUUUCUCUUUGGAACCGAACGCAUAUUGUUCCAUAUAUACAGAAUGUUGCAGAACCACCACCAUAUGAGGCCGAGGAACACAAUGACUAUGCUCUCACUAUCGGCAACCGUGGCUCCAGAGAAAUAGAUGAUUCGAUUGUCUUACCGCAUUCAUCCCACCGAGGCAUGGAGAAAGAACUUAGUUCGAAAUGGUCCUCGAACAAAUUCGAGAGUCUAAAGAAAAGUUACCAGUCUGGUGAUCCGUCCUCCAAAGUUGGAAAACUCUCAACCGAGUCAGUUUCCCCACUUCAUCGACUCAUGGGAUAUUCUUCUCCAAGCCAAGUCUUUAGAGGGUUAGAUGCAUCAAGAAGAAGCAUGCAGAGGGAAUACUAAGGUAGUGUUUGGUUGACAGAUAAAAUGAGAAUGAAAGUAUGAAAGGAAUGGAAUGGUAACUAGAUAUUAGAGCUGAGGAACUGAUGAAGCUGAAACGAUCGGGAUCUGCUAACGUUACAAUGCAUCACGAGCUCGACAAUGUUCUCUGCUCUCUCCCACGUAGAAUAAUGUAUGUAAAAAUCCAUUACAGAUAUGAACUGAAGAGGGGUGUCAAUAUGUUCGUUAAUAAUAGAGACAGGAAUCAGUUAUGUAAAGGCUAUGUAUAUUACAUUCUUAUUCUUAUGUAGAAGGGAAAAGACAAUUGUAUUUCACUAAUUGGAGCGAUUUACUGGUUAAUUAUAUGGGUU